AUGCUCCUCGAAGAAAUCCGAUACAUCCUCGAGGACCUCGAGCGCCUUGAGCAGGCCGUCGUCGACCGCCUCGUCGACGAGCCCACGCAGGUGCGCGACCGCCUCAACCGCGAGCACGAGGUCGCGCAGCUGCUGGACCACAUGCAGGCGCAGUCGGGCGAGGCCCUGCGGCUCUACGGCGAUGCGCACGACAUGCGGGCCGACGAGGUCUCCCUGCUGGGCGACGGCGACCCGCUUCAGCUGUUUUACCGGAACCUCGACGACACCCUGGCCUACCACCAGCGCUACCCGACCGACCAGCUCGACCAGCCCGAGCUGCGGUACCGGCACCGACCACCGCAGCCGCUCGGCGAGUACGGCUACGGCGAGUUCCAGCCGACGCUGGUGGACACCAUGUUCUCCGGCGAGGAGGGCUUUGGGCGGUACUUUGACCUCAACGCCAACUACGAGGCGUUUGUCAACCUGCCCAACGUCAAGCGGCUGACGUACCUGCAGUACCUCGAGGUGUUUGACCAGUUUGGCGAGAGCAACCCCUUCUUGGCGUCGCAGAAGCGCAGCGACAAGCUGACGGACGACUACUUUCAAUACAUCGGCGGGCUGGCCGACUACCUCCAAGGCUUCAUGCGCAAGACGCGGCCGCUCGAGAACCUGGACCGCGUGUUUGCCGGCUUUGACGACGACUUUGAGGCGCUGUGGAGCCGGGACGAGCUGCCCAGCUGGAAGACGGCCGGGAGCCUGGGUGCCGCUGGGGGGGAGAGCGCGGGCAGCACCGCAGAUGGCGGGGCCGGCGGCAGCACACCGCAGCUGAGCUCGCCCGAGGCCGUGUGGUGCGCCGACUGCGAAAAGGAGUUUAAGAACCAGAACGUCUACAAGGGCCACUUGACAGGGCGCAAGCACGUGCGGGCCGCCGAGCAGAGGGCCCAGGCGCAGUCUGCUGCGUCCCACGACGGCAGCAACGGGAACGCGUCCGGUGUCGGUGGUGCCGCCGCGGCGGCGGCCCACCGUCUCAAAGAAAAGGCCGUCGCCGCCCGCGAGUACCGUGUGCAGCGACUCGUCGCGGCCAUGAGCACCGAGAAGGACGACACGCGCGUCAACGUCGAGCGCCGCCAGGGCAUGACGGAGCGCGAGCGGCGGCAGGAGCUGGACAACCUGUACGCCAUGCUGCAGGAGUCGGCCGCGGCGGCGCAAGCCAUGGACGUGGAUGGUGGUGGUGGCAGAGCAGAUGGCCAGGGCGGCGAGGCCGAAGGCGACAACGACGACGACGACGACAAGGUGUACAACCCACUCAAGCUGCCCCUGGCGUGGGACGGCAAGCCCAUCCCCUUUUGGCUGUACCGGCUGCACGGCCUGGGCGUGGAGUUUGACUGCGAGAUCUGCGGACAGUACACGUACAUGGGCCGACGCGCCUUUGAGAAGCACUUCAACGAAAGUCGGCACAUUCACGGCCUGCGGUGUUUGGGGAUCAACAACCCGGGCCUGUUCCGGGACAUCACCAAGAUCGAAGAGGCGCUGCGGCUAUGGGACAAGCUGGAAAAGGAAAAGAAGCGCAACAAGCAGGACGAGAGCUCCGUGGUGCAGAUGGAGGACGCCGAGGGCCAUGUGAUGCCCGAAAAGGUGUACUACGACCUGCAGAAGCAGGGGUUGGUGUAG